AAAAAAAAAAAAACUAAAAAUGGGGGCUAGACUCCUGAAAGAUCCAACAACAGCAAGUUGUCGUAUAUUUGUUGGUCAUCUUCAAACAGAUGAUAUGACUAAAAAUGAACUUGAAGAUCAUUUUUCAAAGUAUGGAACUAUCAUUGGAUCACUGAUGAAUCGAGGAUUUGGUUUUGUUCAAUUUGAAAAUGAAAAAUCAGCCCAAGCAGCUAUACAAAAUGAAAAUGGACAAAUGUUUAAAGGCAGAAGAAUCGAUGUAAAACCAGCAAAAAAGGAUGGUGGAGGAAGUAAUGACAAUUCAAAGUCAUCAGGAAAUUCAAAUAAUAAUCAGUUUAGUCCCAGAAACAAUAAUAAUAAUCAAUUUCGUAAUAAUUCAUUUGGUAGUAGUGGUGGUGGUGGUGGUGGUGGUGGAAAUCAAAGUUUUCAACAAAAAAAUCAAUCAAACUAUGGUGGAAAUAACAAUGCCAAUCAACAACAACAACAACAACAACAACAACAACAACAAGGUUUUGGCUUGUCUGACUCAAAUCAAAAGUCAGAAUCAAAUGAAUUUGAAGAUCAGCCAAAAGAUACUUCUACUUCAUUAUUAUCAUCAAAAAAUCAAAAUCAACUUAAUGAUGAUAAUCAAAGUCAAGAUGUUGCUGAAAACCGUAAAAAUGAUUCAUUCAAUAAUAGUGCUAAAGAACAGAAUAGAGAUAGCAAUGAUUCAUUUAAUUCACAACAAAAUCAAUCAAAUAAUAAUAAUAAUAAUGUCAGUCAAAAUCGUCAACAAGACGAUGCAAUUUCAAAUAAUCAAUCAUUCACUGGUGGCAACGAUGAUAGUAGUAGUAAUAAUAAUAAUGCAAAUGCAAAUGAUGAUUCAAUGAAUAAUGGACAACAAAAUCGUCCAAACAGCAACAACAGUAGUAACAAUAACAAUAGUAACAAUAAUGAUCAAAAUUCAUCAUUAAAUCAAGGAAGCAAUAAUAAUAAUAAUAAUAAUAAUAGUAAUUCAUCAACAUCAUCAAGAAUAAGAGGUCAUCGAGGUGGUAAAAAUCGUAAUAAAAAUCGUGACAAUUCAUCAGGUAAUAAUUAUCGUGAUAGAAGUCCAUUAAAUCGUGGUGGUGGUGGUGGUGGUGGUGGUGGUAUAGAUGAUCCUGCAUUGAGAGAACAAUAUGAACAAAUGAUGGAAGUAACACGUCGGUCAAUGGAUGAAGUUAUUAUGGCUCUUCAUGAUAGUGAUGGUGACUUUGAUCGAGCAGUUAAUGAUUUAUUGGAGGGUGUAUCAUCUGAAUGGGAAGUCAAAAAGAAAAAACCACGUCAACCAAGUGGUGCCAAAACAAAUAUUGAUCAAUCUGGUGAUCAAGAUGAAUCAUCAGGUAAUAUUAGUGGAGGUAACAAUAACAACAACAACAACAAUAAUAAUAAUGGUAGUGGUGGUGGUUCUAACAACAACAACAACAACAACAACAACAACAAUAAUAAUGCCACUGGUGAUUGGGAAGAAAGACGUAAUCAACGUGGUGGUGGAGCACCACGUUUACGUGGUCGUGGUCAUCAUGCUAAUGACAAUCGUGGCUGGCGUGGUCGUGAAAAUAAAGAAAAUGAAAGAAAUAUAGAAGAACGUGAAAGUGGUGGUGGUGGUGGACGAGACAAUGGUGGUAAUUAUGGUGCUGCACGUCGUGGUGGUAGAGGUGGACCUGUUAGAUCUGGUAGAGGAGGUAGAGGUGGAGGACGAGGUCUUGGUCCUCGUACAUAUGCUAAUAGAGAUCCAUCAUCUUCAGCAUCAGCUGGUGUUGGUAAUAGUACUGGUGUUGCUGGUGGUGGUCGAGGUCGUGGUCGUGGUGGUACUCAUAACUUUAAUCGUCCAAUUGAUACUUGGACUGGAAGUGAAGAACAACAACAGAGUGAUCAUAACAAAAAAACUGAUUCAUGGAAUAGUGUUGAGCCAUCUGAAGAUUGGGACAAUGAAGAAUACACUGGUUCUUUGGCUGAUACUAAAGUAUUUACACCAAGUACAUUAAAUAGUGGCAGUGAUCAGACAUCAACAACGGAGGAAGUCAAAAAAGAACAACAAUCAGUUGUAACAUCAUCUAUACAACCACAAUCACAACCACAACAACAACAACAACAACAACAACAACAAUUACAAAAUGAAGGUUUACAAAAUAUUUCUCAACAUCCACAACAACAAUUAUUACAAUCUCUUAGACAUCCACCACCAUCAUCUGUACAACAACAAUCUUUAAUUCAGCCAACACAACAGACUGGACAACAAUUACUUGGUAUGCCAACUCAACAAAUUCAACAAAUGACACAACAACAACAACAACAACAACAACAACAACAACAACCAUCUACAGUUGGUGGUGGAGCAUUGACUGCUGCUCAAAGUCAAUAUUUAACUCAAUUGACUCAACAGUCAUCAGAAAAUUAUAAAAUUGCAAUACCACCAACAUUUACAACAUUACCACAACGACAACAAAUAAAACAACAACGUCCACGUGUACCUCCACCAUCUAAAAUACCAUCAACAGCUGUUGAAAUGCCAGCUGAUCCUGUUAACAAUAAUAAUACGAGUUUGCUUGAUGUACAAUUUGGUGCACUUGAAUUUAGCAGUGAUCCAAGUAGUCUUGAUAAUUCAAUGACUACAAUAACAUCAACAUCUGCUGAUAAAUAUCCUGUUCCAAUGAAUAAUGAAGCUUCAUUGUCAUUACCAUCAAAAACAACAGCUUCAGCAUCAGCAAUAGCAACAACAACAAUUCCAGCAACAAUUUCAACAACAAAUAAUGUUAAUUCAUCAAAUAAAACAAAUUCUCUUGAUAUUAAUAAUGCUAAUGUUGCUAUUUCAUCAGUAAAUACAACACCAAAUACUUACAAUUCACCAACUCAAAUAAUUGGUGCAUCAAAUCAAACAACAACAGUUAUUUAUGGUAAUACAACUGGUGUUGUUGGUAAUAACAAUAACAAUAAUAAUAAUAAUAAUAAUAAUACAUCAACAGCUGUAUAUCAAACACAAAAAACAAAUUCGUAUCAAACAUCAAAUUUACCAUCAAAUUAUGGUGGAUAUGCAUCAACUGUUGCAAAUGCAGGAACUGGUGUAUCAAAUAAUAUUCAAGGUUCAGUUCAACAACAACAACAACAACAACAAUCAUCAUUUUCAUCAGCAACAAGUGGUAAUGUUAAUAAUUACACAGCUGCAACACCAGUUAGUCAAUCAAGUUACAAUACAAAUCAAACACCUUCUUCCACGCCGUCUUAUCCACAAUCAAAUAAUGCACAUUUUAAUCAAGCUACUCCAUCUGUCAAUAAUUUAACCUCAUCAUCAUCAUCAUCAUCAUCGUCAACAACAACAACAUCAUCAUCAUCAUCAUCAACAACAACGUCAACACCAACAAAUAAUAAUAAUAAUAAUAAUAACAACUCUACAGUGUAUAAUCAAACUACCUCGUCAAAUCAAUCAAAUUAUCCAAGUGGAUUUGUUUCAACAACAACAACUGUUAGUGGUGGUGUUGUUGGAGGUGGUAAUAAUAGUGCUACAAGUGGACAAUAUCAUCCAGCAACUGUUAAUGCCACUGUUGCUCCUAACAAUAACAAUAAUAAUACUUAUCAAGGUACAGCUGGUUACCAAAAUAAUAAUAACAAUAAUAACAACAAUAACAACAGCAAUACCACUACUUUUCAAUCAUCGCAACAGGCCUAUCAACAAUCUGGUGUAACGACAUUUAAUAAUGUAACACCCCAAGCAAAUGCUAAUAAUGCAUAUCAUAAUGCGACACACCAAGUAUAUGUCAAUGCAUAUGGAAAUUAUAAUUCUCAACAACAACAACAACAACAACAACAGCAACAGCAACAGCAACAACAACAAGUAUCAUCAUCCACAGCAACAUCUCAUACUCAUAACAAAUUAAAUACUGGAUCAAAUAAAGAUUCAUCACAGUAUGAUAGUAAUGUUGCAACAAGUGGAAAUGGUGGUAAUAGUGGUGGUUCACUAGUCACGACAUCAGCAACACUUGGUUUAUCCUCAUCAUCUUCAUCGUCAGCAGCAGCAGCAACAACAGGUCAAUCAUCAUCAUCAAUAACUGGCAAUGCAUUACAAACUAAAGUUACAAAUACUAAUUCAGUAACUUCAAAAAGUACAAAUGUUGGUGUUGGAAAUACAUCAUCAAAUAGUAGUGGUGGUGGUGGUGUUGUUGGUGGUGGUACUACUACAACAACUGUUGCUAUUACUGCUGGUGGUGGUAUUAAUAAUAAUAAUGUAAGUAAUACUGUGACUGGAAUAAGUGGUGUUGUUGCUGCUAGUAAUACUGGUGGUUCAGGUGCUGCAACAAAUAAUAUGACACCAAUGCUUGGUCAUCAAUAUAUUAUGGGACAAGGUCUACCUUAUGCAGCUUAUCAACAACCAAUGUACAGCUUCGAAGAACUUCAAUUGAUGCAACAGAGAAUAUCACACAUGCCAACUACUGGUUACUAUGAUACAACAUUGGGUUAUCAGACAACUGGUCCAGUAACAAGUCUUGGAGGUGGAAGAAGCGAUACUUUAUCUGGUGUUCAAGGUGUUCAAAGUGUUCAAGGUGUACAAGGUGCAUAUACAAGCAUGAGUGAUGGAAGGUUUACAAGAAAUGACAGCAAUGCAUCACCAGUACCAUCAACAAUGUCUCAACAGACUGGAACACAGCAUCAACAGCCAAUUAUGAAUCCAACAUUACCACCGGGUUAUGCAUAUUUUACUUAUGGUGGUGGAAUAAUGCCAGGAAGUUUUCAAUAUGGUGGUCCAUCAAUGUAUUCUCAAAUGACACCUGGUAAUGCUGGAACAAACAGUGGUGCUUAUAGCACAAAACCAGGUACUUAUGGAUCAGGUUAUGGAGGUGGUGCUACUUAUGAUACCAUUACAAAUGCUGGACCAACUGGUGAAUACAAAAAUACUGGUAGUGCUUAUAGUGCUGGAGCACAAACUGGAAAAAGUGGUGGUGGUAGUGGAGGAGGUGGUGCUGGUAGUGGUGGCAGUGGAGGAAAUGGUGGUACUUGUGCUGUUAACAAUAAUUCAGGAGCAUCAUCAGCUGCUGAUAUUGGUGCAAACAUGUAUGCUAAAAGUCAUGUUGCAUUAAGUAAAGUUAAUUCUUAUGAUAAACAAACUUUUCAUUCAGCAACUCCACCACCAUUUAAUUUGACUGGUAAUCAGAGUGGUUAUGGUGGUCCACAUCUUUACAUUUCAACAUUGCCACAACAUAUUCAUCAACCUUUGCAUCAAGAUGGUGGUAAUAACUCUGGUCAGAGAUCCAACACAAGUUCUCAAAACAAAGGCCAAGCCAAACCAGGCUACAGUUCAACAUACUGGACUGGUGGUAAUUAAUUCAUUGUAUUUAAUAAUGAAAAUAUAACAAAACAAACAAACAAACAAAUAAAUAAACAAACAAACAAACAAAGCGGGCACUGAUUGAUUGACCGGAGAUUACACACAUAUUAAUUACAAAAAUUAGAGAGAGUUGAAUGAAAAAAAAAAAAAAAAAAAAAACAAUAUUUUCAUUAUUAUAUAUAUAUAUAUUUUUUUUUUUUUUUCUUGUAUCGACAAAAAAAAAUAUAAAUUAUGAAAAAGACGAUGUGUGUGUGAGUGUGUGUGUGCGUGCGUGUGUGAUGGGCCCGCUGGUCGCAUACACUUUAAUGAUAAUAUUAAAUGGUUAUGUAUUAUGAAAAAUUUUCUUUGUCUUGAUUCUUUUGUAAGUCGCAAUUGCAUUGAUUUAAGUAGAAAAAAAUUAUUAAAAUAAUGAUAAAAAGAAGAAGAAAAAAAAAAAAAAAAAAAAACAAAAUUGACGACAACUAUUGAGCAAUCAGUUUGUUGGCUGUAAAGAAAAAAAAACAAUACUAGAACUAGGCAUGCAAAAAUAAAAAAUACAAAUAAAAAAUAUUGAAGCGAUCAUUGACCUUUCCUGUAUAGUGUAAAAUCACUCUUAUUUGAGUCAUAAAUUUAUUAAGACUGUUGGCCACAAAAAGCCCACGUUUUUUUCAUUAUAUUAUCAUAUUAUUAUUAUUAUUAUUACUAUUAUUAUUGAGUAUGUUUAUCUUGCUCUACAACAUAAUAAUUUUUUUUUACUUUUAUUAGAAAAUUUAAAAAAAAAAAGACAAUAGCGAUGAUGAUAAUGAUAAUCAUAGUGAUUUUCAUAUCGGUAUUUAUUUAAAUUAGUUAUUAUUACUACUAUUAUUAUUAUUAUUAUUGUUAUUAUGUUAUUAAAUAUAAAAAUACGAAUUUUUCAAAAAUUACACUCAAACAAAAUGAGUCUUAAAAAUUAAAUUAUUAUUGUGAAAUACCAUUUGUCUUUGAUUUCAUUAAAAUGACAAAUAAAUUAUCAGUAAUCAUUGUUUUACUUUCUUAUUUUUUGGAUAAGUAAUAAUAAUAAUAAUAAUAAUAAAGAUAAUGAUAAUAAUGAAUUAAUUAAUAAACAUGAUAACGGAUAUAAUAAUAAUAAUAAUAAUAAUAAUAAUAAUAAUAAUAAUAAUUGAUAAAUUAAAAGAAAAAAUUAGUAGGAAUGUGAUAACCAUGGAAUAAGAUUUAAAGACUGUAUUGUCUUACUGACGACACACGUAGUGAAUCACGACGAGGCUUCGUACCAUUUUUUUUAUAUAAAAUCGAAAAAAAAAAAAAAAACACCAUUUUUAAAA